UGUAGUGGGUAUAUUAUGCUUUUCUUCUGAUUAUUCAUUUGAUUCCGAUUGAUCAUGGUUGUCAGAGCAUGAUCAAUCAGACAGCUGCUGUUGAAACAUAUGUAGAAGGACAUGGCGGCUCGUGUUGGACUGCUGUUUGUGCUCAUAGGAGUCUCUUAUGGUAAUAAAACUUUCUGUGAUGCGAGAUACGAGGAAGCUGAAUGUUUUCCACCCUGGGGAGCAACUGUGUUUAUUCACCUGAUGGAUGAGGCCUCAGAAAAAAUUAUAUUCCAGUGGAUAAAGGAAGCAGCGAUAAUAUUACAUUGGAGAAACAACGUACUCGUGACAAACACAUUGGAGAGCAGAUCUGGAUUUAUCUCCAACAAUGGGACAUUUAGGAUUAGCAACCUUAGGAGCAGUGAUAGUGGUGAAUACACACUUAAACUUUUUGAUUCUGAUGGAAAAGCAAUAGGAGAACGGACUCUGCAAUUGCACAUUGAAGGCCAGUCCCCACUAAGAAUUGGAGCAAUCUGUGCUCUGCUUUUGUUUUCUACCCAUGUCGUUGUCUGUGCAAUUAUCAUCUGUGUUCAGAGGAAAAAGCAAAAAAGAAAAGGAGAAGAACGCCCUGCUGACUUAACUUAUGCUGAUGUCAGAGUGGUGCAGCAGAAAGAGAGGAAGUCAGUAAAGCAAAACAUAGAGGAAGAGGUGGAGUACAGCCAAAUAAAGAAUAAAUGAACUGAUGUCUGCUGUGGUAAAGACUCAUUGCAGAUCCACAGAGAAUAUGACGAUGCACACGCUUCAGGAGUAAAACGUCUUCAGAAACUUUUAAGAAACCAUAUUUGCCCGCAAUGCAAAAACAACUGCUUGCUUAUUUUAAUUGGAAUAUUUGUUCAUGACUGUAAUGUUAAAUUUGAUAAGGAAGUCUUGACAAAUUGGCAACCACCCAACUCAUUAAAUUACAAAAAAAACAAUGUUAAGAGACAAAUUUGCUGGAGUCCAAAGAAAAACAUGUUAU